AUGAGCGACUUCACGAUAGAACCCGACGAGUUUUUUGGCGCAGCCAUAGAGAAACUAAAAGCAACAGACACCGCGGAUACACUCUACCAGGGUGUCACUAUACCAGUAAUGGAGGCUGCAGGAGUGCGAACCCGGGGUAGAACUCGGAAGUCCACGGAUGACGGCAACACGACGUCUAAGAAAUCCAGGCCUCGCCGAGGUAAGGACAAGAUAGUUGAAGAAGACUCAUCAGAAGACGAUGAUAGAGUAGAGCAGGGACCCCAACCACCUCCCGGCAAUCCACCAUCAGCACCCCCUGGAGACACAUGCAUGAGCCAAGAUGCGGCAAUACUCUUCUCCAUGAUGACACGACUUGAAGAAAAGCAAGACAAAAUAAUCUCACUCUUAUCCUCAGUUAUUGAGAGGAUGGACAAAGACCGUCAGACAAUGAAUAACUUAAGCCUCCGAGUUGAAACCUUACAAAAGGCUCGAAUGUUGGGCCUAACAGCUCAACCAACCCCUACAUCCGGGGCUGCAGCCUCCAGCGGACCUACUCCGCACAUUACUGACGACAAGAAAGGACCCGUGUUCAUAUAA